GGGAACUUCAUGCAUGAGGAAUCGAAUAUAUAUGGCAGAGCCAGAGGAAUUCCUCUGUCGUCCCACGGCGGAGGACGAGGCCUUCAGAAAGACGCAUACCCGCAGCGGCUGCAGCUAUCUCAACCUGUGCGAGAGAUUUCGCUUGCGGGAGCGAAACUACGUCACCCAGUACGCCCACAUCUACUUCACUCGUCUGGAGAAGAUGAGGCCUUACCUGGAGAACGCAGCGGCCAGGGAAUGGGCACAAUCUGUUGCAGGUAAUGAGGUGUGUGUGAAGAACGUGAAGAAGAGACUGCUGGAGGCGGAGGUAGGAGAGAGGUGCUGCAUAAUUGGAACCCUCUUCAAGAAGAUGGAGCUAAAGCCAAGCAUCUUGAAGGAGAUCAGCACAAGUCAUCAUCUGCUGUCCCAGCCUCCUAGAGCCAAGCUGACCAGUAGUUCAGACCAGCUGGUGGUGGAGGACUCCAGUCAGAGGUUCCCUCUCUCUGGAAACAUUCCUUCUCCACAUCUUGUCACCGGUGUGUUAGUGGCUCUGCUGGGGACAGCGAUGAGGGGAGGAGUGUUCGAGGUAGAGGACUAUACCUUUGCUGGUCUGCCUUCUCGAGAAGAGAGCGUGGAGACUGAGGAACAAGAGGAGGAAGAGAGGUACGUGCUCCUGGUAUCGGGUCUGGGAAUGGGCUCCUCGUGGUGUGACCAACUCAGUCUCGAGAUGUUUGUCGAUUACGUCACCGGUCAACUGGGAGGAGUCUCGGACCAGAGAUUUUGCUCCAGUCUGGUAAGAGUCAUCGUCGCUGGCAACUCUAUCACUCCUGAGACUUCCAAGAACGCAGAGAGACAAGAGAAGAAGCCACACGCCAGGUUUCAGACCAGGAACUACAGUGCAGACACCGUCGAAGCUGUGAAAGAAAUGGACAAUUUUCUGGCCCAACUUACAUCGUGCGUGCCUGUGGAUCUAAUGCCAGGAGCCAACGACCCAGCCAACUACCAGUUGCCCCAGCAACCUCUCCACCUCUGCAUGUUCCCUCGGGCCAGAGCCACGGGACGCCUCUCCUCUCUCACCAACCCCUACCACACAGUCAUUGGGGGAACGGUAUUCAUGGGCUGUUCAGGUCAGAAUGUUGACGACAUAUACAAGUUCUCGUCGCUGACUGACAGACUGGAGAUACUGGAGAACACACUCCAAUGGAGGCACAUGCUCCCUACAUCCCCCGACACCCUCAAUUGCUACCCCUAUCAAGACCAGGACCCUUUCAUCAUGAACACAUGUCCACACGUCUACUUCUGUGGGAACCAACCGUCUUUCCAGAGCGGCAGAAUCACAGGGUGUGAUGGACAGUCAGUACUGACCAUAUGUGUUCCUUCAUUUGACCUCACUCACAGUGCCGUGCUCGUUAGAUUACGAGGAGGUGAGAGUGAGGUACAAGAGAUAGAGUUUGGUACAUCGCUCAGCCACGCCCCCAACCCGCAUCUGGAGGCGGUGUUGAAGAUGCAGAAAGAGGGAGAGGAGAAGGGGGAGGGGGACGGGGGACAAGAAAGUCGGAUCGAAGGAGAGAUGACCCUGUUGCACCUCAUGGAUGACGACGAUGAUGACUGAUGACUAAAUUGUACACCAGUCUACAGGAUUGCUCGCUGAUAAGUGUGCGUAGCAUUGUUCAACUGAAAGAGGGAAAUGGGUAUAUAUGGGGCUGUCUAGAACAGUAAAAUGGUGAUAUGAAAAGUGAAGU